GCUCAGUAGAACUCAAACCACUUGGUAGAAUGUUUAUCUUGUGUAGAACCAGGAAAGGACCCGCAGGAACAAUUCUCCCCUUUCCUUAUCUUCCUAUGGCAAAUAUCCUGUGUGUUUGUCAUGUUGGGAGCAGGAGGCAACAGCUCACAGCUUCCUCCUUACAAAGGCGAGUGACUUCACUUCCCAAAAUUAGCUGAAAAAAGUUUCAUCCGGUUCUAGCUGUCUGUCUGUCUGUGUCUGUCUCCCGGCCGAGAGAGAGCCCUGGGAGUGGGACAGGGAGGGAUCGGCUGGGCACUGGGAUACUGUACAGCCGGGUCAAUGUGUGGGACGGUACCGGGCUCUGCUCAGCUCACAGACACAUGGACGGCACCAUUAAGGAAGCUCUGUCUGUGGUGAGUGACGACCAAUCACUUUUUGACUCAGCGUAUGGAGCAUCAUCUCAUCUCUCCAAAGUGGAUAUGACUGCAUCAGCAAACCCUGAUUAUGGUCAGCCACACAAAAUCAACUCCAUACCCCCUCAGCAGGACUGGAUCAACCAAUCUAUGCGGGUUAACAUUAAAAGGGAAUAUGAGCACAUGAAUGGAUCCAGGGAGUCACCUGUGGACUGUAGCAUCAGCAAGUGUAGUAAACUUAUUGGAGGGUCAGAGAACAAUGCAGUGACUUACAAUAGCUACAUGGAUGAAAAAAAUGGUCCCCCUCCUCCAAAUAUGACCACAAAUGAAAGAAGAGUUAUUGUGCCUGCAGAUCCCACCUUAUGGAGUCAGGACCAUGUACGCCAAUGGCUGGAGUGGGCAAUUAAGGAAUAUGGACUUGUGGAAAUUGAUUGCACCCUCUUUCAAAAUAUUGAUGGCAAGGAACUGUGUAAAAUGAGCAAAGAGGAUUUUCUGCGUAGCACAUCCAUAUAUAACACAGAGGUUUUACUUUCUCAUCUCAACUACCUCAGGGAUAGUAGUUCAUCAUUGGGUUAUAACACUCAGGCACAUACAGACCAGUCACCACGUUUGACAGCCAAAGAGGAUCCCUCCUAUGAAGCAGUAAGAAGAUCUGGAUGGGGAAAUUCCCUGAGCUCACCUGUCACAAAAAGCCCUCCUAUUGGAGGAAGCCAAAAUGUGAAUAAAAGCGUUGAUCAGCAACGUUCACAGCCAGAUCCAUACCAAAUAUUAGGGCCUACAAGCAGCAGAUUGGCUAACCCAGGGAGUGGGCAAAUUCAACUGUGGCAGUUUCUCUUGGAGCUACUAUCUGACAGUUCAAAUGCUAGUUGUAUCACAUGGGAAGGCACUAAUGGAGAGUUCAAAAUGACCGACCCGGAUGAGGUAGCACGACGUUGGGGUGAAAGGAAAAGCAAGCCCAACAUGAACUAUGACAAGUUAAGCCGAGCACUAAGAUACUAUUAUGAUAAAAAUAUAAUGACUAAAGUCCAUGGUAAACGUUAUGCCUACAAAUUUGACUUUCAUGGCAUUGCUCAGGCAUUGCAGCCUCAUCCAACUGAUACUUCAAUGUACAAAUACCCUUCAGAGUUCUCAUACAUGCCUUCUUACCAUUCACAUCAACAGAAGGUCAAUUUUGUCCCUUCACACCCAUCCUCUAUGCCGGUAACAUCAUCAGGCUUCUUUGGAGCAACUUCUCCUUACUGGAAUUCACCAAGUGCAAACAUUUAUCCAAACCCAAAUGUGCCACGUCACCCUAAUACCCAUGUGCAGUCACACUUAGGAGGUUUUUACUAGACUCAUUCCUUAUGUCAAAUGACUUCACUGAAAAUUUUUAUUGUUUCUUGGAUAAUUUCUGACCUUGGAGACAAAAGCAGUCACAACUGGACACAAGACCAGUAUUUUGACAGAUACUCUUUUCCUCUCUGCCAAAAGUGAAAAUUGAUCUUUGUGGGCCAGUAUUAUUUAAACUUGCACUUGCUUUGACAUGGUUUCAAGAGAAAAUUCUUGGAUGAAUUUAAGCAUGUGAUAUGAAAAAGGCAAAUAAACAGCUCCUGGGGUGCUAACCAAAAAUAUGACCUUUAGCAAACACCAGUACCUCCAAGCAAAUUAUUUUGAAAGACAUUAUUCUGAAUGAUAUUUUUCCUUUAAACAUUAUAGAAUCAGACGCACUGGAUGGCAAGAGUGAUACAUUUUUAAACGAACUGGAAAAUAUAAAAUAUUAUUAUUUGUAAUGAGCAUAAGGACAUUUCUACCACCUUCUUUGGAAUGUACAGGCUACAGUUUUCAAAAUCUGCUACGCUAAACAAAAAUAUAGUACAUGGUAAUUCAUCUCACUGCCAGCCAGGUUACUUACCCAGUAUUUUAAGUAUUCAUUGGACUGAUUAUGUAAAGUAAAGCUUUCUAGCCAAAAGAACCUUAUGUGUAAACAUGUCUGAAUAUAUUUAAUAAGUAAUUAUAGGCCAUUAGUUUAUGUUUUUAUUUUAAUUUUAGUUUUAUUUAAACCUUCACCUUGAUAGACAGUCUAUGAUUAUGACUUUUGAAAUUACAAGGAAAAUUUACCCCAUUGAAUAUGAAUACAAUAGGUGAUAUUAUGUUUUUUUAUUUCUUCCUCAUUAAGUGGAGAGUUUGAGCCACUACCAUUUACAUAUGAUGUGAUAAGCUGGCAAUUGAAUAAUUUCUCCAUUUAUCAGUCCAUUGAGUUUAUUGUGUCACCUACCAAUAUAAUUUUCAUAAAAAACAUAGCACAUGAGUGGUAGCAGGGCAUUCUACACUUGCACAUUCCAAGUUUCUGUCUACAGUUGAGAAUCCAUUCAGACUAAAAGUCAGACAACCAGUCUGUGGGAAGGGGAAAGUGUGCAAUACAGAUGCAUAACAAACAAAAAUCAAGUAAUGUAAGUAAAUGAAAAAAAAUCAAAAAUAUAGAUAGUUGCAUAAUAUUGUGCAUCAGUAUUGUGCUGUGCAACAAAAUUCUAACAGAUCUUGUAUGGUAAAGCAAACAUCUAUCGUGUAACACUAAUAUUGUUUGCAGUGUUUGUAGAAAAAGUUUUAGUUGAGUACAAAAAUGGUUAUUUCUUCAUUUGCUUUAUUAGCAGUGAAAUGCAAUUAUCUGUGCAGAUAGAGUGUUGAUCCUUCAGGUCUCCUAAAUUAAUGUCUUAUUUACCAAUCCUUAGCAUUAUGCUAAUGUUAUGCUGCUCUUGUCCCCAGUGACAACACAACCUAAAAAGAAGGAACAGGGUCAUUUGAAAGAGGUCUUUAAUAUAAUCCAUAGUAUAUAGGUUUCCAAAGGCUGUUAUCAGUGUUGCAAGUUCUUAUAAGAAAUGGAUAAUGUUGAAUUAAAUUUGCUGGGAACCAAUGUAGUUGCUCAGUAAGGGCUUUAUUUAGUGAUCUAACUAGUGGUUUGGAAUCUGCAAAUUAAUUUAGGUAUCUUAUUAGUAAUCAGCCAAAUGAUUAAACACUUGUUCAGUGUGGCAUUAACCUACUUUGUAUAGACCAUCCAAAAUGCCUAUCUGUUUUUUAAAGAUGCUAACAAAAUCAAAAACCAAAAGCACAUAGCCCAUACUGGGAUCUAUAAAACCAGAACAUUCAACUAGAUGUUGCUAAUGGAAGCUACUGUUCUGUUGUGCAGAAACAGCCAGAAUCGGAAGGCUUUUGAGAGUUAAAUGGUUAAAUUUUUAACCUAUUGUAAUCUGGUGCAAAUACAUAUACACUGUAUUCCUGUGUAUGCAGAUUAACCAUAACAUCUACAAAUAGAAAUAGCCAUGCAUAUGGGACAAAAGUCAUGAUUCACGUUCAUCCUGUUCAAACCCAGUAAAUAUUUUAUAGCUCUUUUACAUUAUUAUUGUGACUUUGGUCACAUUUUAUUCCUUUUAAUAGAGUUAUCUUAUUUCUGGAAUGUCAAGCAAAAGUAUGAAUAACCCAGUUGAACUGAACUGGGUACUGAACUGCUAGUUCUGCUUCAGAAUGAAACCUAGACACUUAUGCUAACAUUGUGCUACAUUCACAAAAAGUUUAAAGGCCUUAAGAGGGUGAUGUAAUAAAAAGUGCUAAGUCUGGGUCUAGGAACCAAUAGCAAUCAAUCAUUAGAAUUCUCUGGUAUGUUGUUUAAAUGCAAACAUCUGAUUCUUGUGAGUAAUUAAAGGUGGCCAUAAAUGGGCAGAUUUUAUGGUUUGAAUAUUAAAUCUAGCUCAAAAUCUACUAAUUUUAGUUUUGUUCCUUGACCCUUUAUUCUCAGUCUCCUCUUCAAGAAACUAAAUCUGAAAUACAAAAACACUGAGUUGCCCUUCCAAAAAGCUAGUGAUUUCCACCCUUCUGUUUACAGCCUUAAAUGAUUCACAGACGCUGUGCGUUUGUCAGAACAGCAAUCUUUAGUCUGCACAAGCCACAAGGCAAAUUUACUGUAUAAAUUAUAUUUUCCUAUGUUUCACAGCAUAAACAUAUUCACUACUAACAGAGUCUCAUGCAUGGCAUUCUCUUUAGCAGUGAAAGUUUUAACAAAGUUUAUAACUAACGAGUUGACCUCGGUCACAGAAAUGCAGUUUUUUUUUUUUAUUCUUACCGAACUGUAUUUUGAUUUAAUUUUGUACAGGAUGUUUCCCACUUAUUUUUCUAAUCUUCUGGUUUUUUGUACAUUUUGGCUUUUUAACUUUGUAUUUACAGUAAUCUCUUUUUUUUUUUGCAAUAAAAAGGGAAAAUAAAAAUUAUUUUCAUAUUCUUAAAAA